AUGGUUCGAUAUUCACUAAAAAAGGCACAUGAGUAUGCCCGAGAUGGGGAAAUUCAAGAAGUCUCUGGCGAGUUAGCGCAAGCCAUUCUAUGUUAUAGCUUAGCUAAAUCAGAAUAUCAAGGGAUCUCUGAUGUGACGAUGCGACAUUUGACAAAAAUAUGCGUCAGCUAUCAGAUUGAAGAGUUGACAAAGCGAAUUGAAGAGCUUAAGAUAAUUGCGCCUACGAAACAGUCUACGCCGUCAUCGGCAAUGGCAUCGAUGUCUGUUUCUACUAGACUGUCGCCUAUGUAUACAUCUGCGCUAACGACCCGCUUUACAUCGAACUCUGUAGUAUUACCGACAGAGAACAGUCCACUACAAUCAAAACAAUUAAUACAAGAAAAACCUUACGAUGAUAAGGAUGAUGAUCCAUUUACCAUAUAUCCCAAGUUUCAGUCGCAAGUGAAUAAACUAGCUCCUAGCUAUGGAUUGGCAGUGGCUUAUUCCAUAGUUCCAAUGGAUGAUGAACAGUCUUCCCCUAGUAUGUUCAGUUCGGAUGAGAGCUUUACGAUUAUUGAAGGGGAUGAUUUUACCAUCGAAAAGCCGGAACACGAAGAGUCGUUGCCUACAGAAGAGUAUGAAGAUGAAAGCAAAGAAUCAACGCAUUCAGUUGGGAUGCAUCCCAAAAUUACUACUCCUACCAAUUUGCAUGAGUUGACAAAUGAAAAAAUACAAAACCCAGCAGCUUAUGAUAGUACUACUGAAUCUGAAGGUCAAACAGACGAACCAAUUAGGCCAAAAAAAGAACUCUCUCGACAGAAAACGGAAACGGAAAUGGAUUUUGCUAAUCGAAAAUCUAAAGGAAAGGAGCGAUAUAAAGAGGAAACUGUCAAUAGCAGUACUACGAGUAGUGUUGGAGAAAUUUUAGACUCUCAAGAGGAUAUGACUCAGACUUCGAAAGAGGAACCACGGGAAGCUUUCCCCGAUGCACGGAAAGAACUUGAAGCUUCAUCAACCCCAAGCGCUGGCAACAAAGCAAAGCCUGAAAGACCGAAGCGCCCAGAACGAAAAAGAAGCCGAUUUUUAAUGCCUUUCUUUCGAACUUUUUCUGGAAGGAAAAAGAAGCUAGAAGAAGAGAAGUCACCAGAAUCUUCCAUAGAAUCAUCUACUGCACAGCUUACAAUGAAUUCACAGGUAAAGAUUGAACAAUUGGAGACUCAAAUUGCUACACUACAACGACAGCUGGAGCAUUUUCAAGUACAAAAUCCUUAA